AUGGCCAUCACCAAGAUCCACGCCCGCCAGGUCUACGACUCUCGUGGUAACCCCACCGUCGAGGUCGACCUUGUCACCGAGACCGGCCUUCACCGUGCCAUUGUCCCCUCUGGUGCCUCGACUGGCCAGCACGAGGCUUGCGAGCUUCGCGAUGGUGACAAGUCCAAGUGGUCUGGUAAGGGUGUUCUCAAGGCUGUUGAGAACGUCAACAAGGUCAUUGGCCCUGCUCUGAUCAAGGAGAACAUCGACGUCAAGGACCAGCCUAAGAUCGAUGCUUUCCUUAACAAGCUCGAUGGCACCACCAACAAGACCAACCUUGGUGCUAACGCCAUCCUCGGUGUUUCCCUGGCUGUUGCCAAGGCUGGUGCUGCCGAGAAGGGUGUCCCUCUCUACGCUCACGUCUCCGACCUUGCUGGCACCAAGAAGCCCUACGUCCUCCCCGUCCCCUUCAUGAACGUCCUUAACGGUGGUUCGCACGCCGGUGGUUCUCUCGCCUUCCAGGAGUUCAUGAUUGUCCCCAGCCACGCUCCCACUUUCUCCGAGGCUAUGCGCCAGGGUUCUGAGGUCUACCAGCAACUCAAGUCUCUCGCCAAGAAGCAGUACGGUCCCUCUGCCGGCAACGUCGGUGACGAGGGUGGUGUUGCUCCCUCGAUUCAGACUGCCGAGGAGGCCCUUGAUCUCAUUGUCGGCGCCAUUGAAAAGGCUGGCUACACCGGCAAGGUCGACAUUGCCAUGGACGUUGCCUCCAGCGAGUUCUACAAGGCCGACGAGAAGAAGUACGACUUGGACUUCAAGAACCCUGAGAGCGACAAGAGCAAGUGGCUCACCUAUGAGCAGCUUGCCGACCUUUACAAGUCGCUUGCUUCUAAGUACCCCAUCGUCUCCAUCGAGGACCCCUUCGCUGAGGACGACUGGGAGGCCUGGAGCUACUUCUACAAGACCUCUGACUUCCAGAUUGUUGGUGACGACCUGACUGUCACCAACCCCAUUCGUAUCAAGAAGGCCAUUGAGCUCAAGUCUUGCAACGCCCUUCUCCUGAAGGUCAACCAGAUCGGUACUCUCACCGAGUCGAUCCAGGCUGCCAAGGACUCCUUCGCCGACGGCUGGGGUGUCAUGGUCUCUCACCGUUCCGGUGAGACUGAGGAUGUUACCAUCUCCGACAUUGUCGUCGGUCUCCGGACUGGCCAGAUCAAGACUGGUGCCCCCGCCCGGUCUGAGCGUCUCGCCAAGCUCAACCAGAUCCUCCGUAUUGAGGAGGAGCUUGGAAGCAACGCCAUCUACGCUGGCACCAACUUCCGCAAGUCGGUCAACCUGUAA